CGCUGCGCAGUUCUCGAGGUUGAUCUGCAGCGCCGAGUCGGCUGGAUGAGUUAACACGCAGCCGGGCCGUUUAUUAAGUGAGCCCAGGCCCUCCACCCCCCCGGGCCAGCUGGACAUGAUGAUGUCCGCAUGUUCCUAUCUCGCAUCUUCCCGACGAAGCCAGGCUUCCUCAAGGGCUCAGCCACGUCUCCCCGUCCCGACUCCUUCUUCACGUCAGACCUCGCACUCUCCGAGCUUCUUCCCGUCCUUGACCUCCCCCAAGAAUAAUGGUAAUAGUUUGGCUGCCACCACAGAUUCCUGCACCGACACCAGCCUCGCCAUAUCAGCAAUGCCGCAGAGGUCAAGAGACAGCUCCCCUUGCUCGCCAGCCCCGAGUCCUCCUCCCAGGUCCGAGUUGACGCCCGCUCGGCCGACGACCGCAUCGACUCCGGUCCAGAUCCCCGCCAGGCCAAGAUCUCGGGACACUGCCCAUCCACAAAAGCCACACCAUGGCCGUGGUGACCGGAGACAUUGCUCGACAUCGCGCCGUCCAAGGGAUGCACACUCUCGCGAUGCCAUCCCUCCCUUCGUGGCCGCCCUACUUGCCGUCACAAACAUUCCGCCGCCCAAAGCCGCACGGAGUGUCCGACAGACCAAGGCGGAAAAGAGGAUGACGGUGGAGUCGAUCAUUGAGAGGGCACAGGAAUCCGAGAAAGAGCUCAGCCUGAAGCUGAGCAAGGGCCCGCUCGACAUUCUGUUAAUGUCGCCCGAAGACCUCGAGGCCGACGAUGCCUCCGUCUGCGAUAGCGUCCCAGAGUCCGUCCUCUCGGCACAGACUGUCUCGAUCGAGUCGAUCCCGUCCCUGAGCGAUUCUUUCACCACCGACAACACGCUCUCCUCCCUCGAGACGCCCCCCACACCGCCCCGGAGGCGGAGGGUUCAGCCGACCCGACGCUCUCUAGAACCCGUCUCUUCACCGCCGGGUGAAUCCGAGAGCCAUCCCCUAUCGUCCCCCGAGAGCGACAGUGACGUGGACCACCUGGACUUCCGCGUCUUCGCGCCCAAGGAGGAGGCGCCGGGCAAGAAGACUCCGCGGCUACAGUUUACUCCGAUCAAGUCGGCCUUCAAGUCGAAUUUGACCGCAUCGCUACGGGCUUUGCGCCAAGCGGCCCGUUCCUUCUCUAAUCUGAACUUCUCGUCCAUCCCGCCCGAGGACUUCCUCACGAGAUCCAUCUUGACCCUCGACCCUCAGGUUCCCUAUACCGAUGAGCGUCGGCCGCCUCCCCUCGAGGAGGAGCCGACGGCUGCGCUGCGGCGGUACCUUAAUCCGACAACGACGGCACGCCUAGAGAGGCCCAGGACGGUAGCCGACGGGCCAGUGCUACGAACAUUUACUGCAUCGAUCCAGAUGCAGACGUACAAGAUUCACCGGGCGCGCAGUGUAUCCCCCAGCCCCGGCCGACCGCCCCAUACUCCGGCGGGCCCGACGUCCCCCACGACACCAUCAACGCCCUCCCCGUCGAGAGCGACGGAGCAUCCCAUGCCAGGGCCGCGACAGCGCGAGAUGCGCGAAAACUCGGACUUCAUUCGCAUCGCCGUCAUGGAAAUGGCCAUGCGCAAAAGCGGCAAACUCGAUGAUCAGCGACCAGGUCGCGCACGUUGGGCCCUUCCGCCGAGGAAGCCCAGCAGCCGUCCAUACGAGAUCAGGCCUGAUGGUGUGCCUGCUAGAUGGGCCUCCGUGACUCUCUAGCACAGACUAGCCAGCAAGAGCGGCCGCCACUGAACAAUCCUCGACCGUCCUACGCUAGUGCUAAUCCAACGGGACUGCCUGUUGACU